CCCUCCCCCUCCCGGCGACCGCUACAGCCAACGCCAAAAUAGAUGCGCAAACGAAAUCCCGGAUCGUUGCUGGAGCUGGUGCGACACGCGAGCAUGGCUCUGCGCCGGGCUCGGUGUCAGGACCGCCCGGAACCGGAGCGAGAGCGGGACCCGGAGCGGGAGCGGUGCUGGACCGAGCUCUUCGAGCAGCUGGACCUGAACAAGGACGGGCGGAUCGACGUGAACGAGCUGCGCACUGGCCUGGCCGCCCGAGGGCUCCUCCGGACCGCCGUGGAGGAGCAGAUCGUGGAGGCUGGUGACACCAACCAGGACGGGCAGCUGGACUUCCAGGAAUUCACAGAGUACCUCCGGGCCCAGGAGAAGCAGCUGAGGCUGAUGUUCCGCAGCCUAGACCGCAACGAUGAUGGCUGCAUCGACUUGUCUGAGAUCCAGCAGUCCAUGCGCAGCCUGGGGGUGGAGGUGACCACAGAGCAGGCCUCCAGGAUUCUGCAGAGCAUGGACCAGGAUGGCACCAUGACCAUCGACUGGAACGAGUGGAGGGACCACUUCCUGUUCAACCCCCUGCACAACAUGGAGGAAAUCGCCCUCUACUGGAAGCACUCCCUGAUGUUGGACAUUGGAGAGCAUUUGACCAUCCCUGAUGAGUUCACAGAGCAGGAGCGCAAGUCUGGGUUCGUGUGGAGGCAGCUGAUGGCUGGGGCCAUGGCGGGCUCCGUGUCCCGCACAGGAACCGCACCCCUGGACCGGCUCAAGGUCUUCCUGCAGGUGCAUGGCUCGGGUGCUGGCCGGGCGAGCGUGUGGAGCGGCCUGCGGGAGAUGGUGCGGGAGGGUGGCCUGACAGCCCUGUGGAGGGGCAACGGCAUCAACGUGCUGAAGAUUGCCCCCGAGACCGCCAUCAAGUUCCUGGCAUAUGAGCAGAUCAAACUUGUGAUGAAGGGCGGCCAUGCAGGAGGGACCCUUGGCGUUCAGGAGCGCUUCGUGGCGGGCUCUCUGGCUGGAGCCACUGCUCAGACCAUCAUCUACCCCAUGGAGGUGCUGAAAACCCGUCUUACGCUGAGGAAGACGGGUCAGUUCUCCGGGAUGGCCGACUGUGUCCUGAACAUCCUCCGCAUGGAAGGGCUGCGGGCCUUCUACAAGGGCUACCUGCCCAACAUCCUGGGCAUCCUGCCAUAUGCUGGCAUUGACCUGGCUGUGUAUGAGACCCUGAAGAACGCCUGGCUACAGAGGAACACUGCCAGUUCUGCAGACCCAGGGGUUCUUGUGCUGGUCGGCUGUGGCACUGUGUCCAGCACCUGUGGACAGUUAGCCAGCUACCCCCUGGCCUUGGUCCGGACCCGCAUGCAGGCCCAGGCCACUGCAACAGGAAGCCCCCAGUUGUCCAUGCUGGGCCAGUUCAGGACCAUUGUGUCCCAAGAAGGUGUGAUGGGACUGUAUCGCGGUAUCGCCCCAAACUUCCUCAAGGUCAUCCCGGCUGUCAGCAUCUCUUACGUGGUGUACGAGCGUAUGAGGCGGGCCCUAGGGGUGGCUGUGGGCAGCUGAGGGUGAAGCUGGCAGUGGAGGCGAGAGAGGAGGCAGGGCUCUGAGAAGGAACAGAGGACAGGCAAGAGCUCUGAUCUUCAGAAAGGUCACAAAGCACGACGUCAAUGAAAAGGACUUUUUACUGUGUUUUACUCUAAUCCACCUCAUUCAUCGUUACACAAUUGCGAGUUCCUCAUUCUUCUGGUCCAGGUCAAAGUCUCCAUUCACUCUUCAGGAGAUUUGUCGCAGGAAGCCAAGAUCCUAUCCAAGAGAAUUAAGGCAAAAAAAUGCAAUUACUUGAUUUCUGGUGCCAAGGAAUAUUUUGAGAUUCUUCCAGUAAGACCUGGGGGGGGAAGGCCAGCCUCUCAAAACUGUAUAACUCCCAUAAAAAACCCUGGGUUCACUAUCCCGACUGACCCUGAAAGAAAGAUUUCAGGUAAUUGAACGUGAGCGUUUGAAACAAAAUAAGGGUCCUUUUGUAAGAGAAUUGCCUUGUGCUCUUAUUCACAAAGCUAAGAUUGAUUCGUGGGAUGUGGUUCAGCGGUUAAUUAUCAAGUUGGAAGACCAUGACAGGCUUGGCACAGUGCUAGAAAAUUGAGUUGGUCCUUCUAUCUGGAAGGCUGUGUGAUGGGUUCUGUGAGGCCACAUAUUUACAGUGCAUGGAUGUGUGUUAGAGAGAGAGAGGAGGACAACUUCCAUCUGUACAUGCAGCAUGCAGAUGCCACUGAAGGGGACGCCAGCGCAUUGCGUUAAACAACCCUGUGAAAAUAAGAUGCCAGCAAGGUGUCACUUGAUGGAAAUGUUUGUUUAUUCACUUUAUGCACGAGUGCUCAUCUGCAUUACGGGUCAGCACUGUGUGUGUGUGUGUGUGUGUGUGUGUGUGUGUGUGUGUGUGUGUGUGUGUGUCCUUGGCUUUGGUCAGCACAGUCGCUGUCUAUAUCUGCUGUGACGGACAUCCAGGUCUGUCUGCCCCUCCCAAAUCCACUGGUUGUUUCGGUUUUCCCACAGCAGGUGUCACAGGAAAAUUCGAGGAGCGACACCCUUGAACAGUGCAGUGAUGUGGGUGGUUUUAGGGUUUCUCUGCUCUGUUCUCAUAUUGUCUUCCCUGAGUCUGAGCUGCCAGGAGCAAGUCUCGCUCCAUCACUGUGGGAACAGGAGUGGCCGCGAUGCCGUUGGCAGGUCAUCUGGCCUGGCUGUCAGACCUGAAGGUGUCAGUCCUAUGGGAAUAGUGCUGUUUAUUCAUUCGCUCUAUUCUCAUUCUUCCUCACUGCAUACAUUAACACUAUAAUCAUUCAUCCUCACGGCAUCCAUCCAUUCACAUUGUACUCAUUCAUCCUCUGCAAAAAUCAACCCUAUUCUCAUUCAUCCUCACUGCAUCCAGUCACACUGUACUCAUUCAUCCUCUGCAAAAAUCAACCCUAUUCUCAUUCAUCCUCACUGCAUCCAGUCACACUGUACUCAUUCAUCCUCUGCAAAAAUCAACCCUAUUCUCAUUCAUCCUCACUGCAUCCAGUCACACUGUAUUCAUUCAUCCUCUGCAAAAAUCAACCCUAUUCUCAUUCAUCCUCACUGCAUCCAUUCACAUUGUACUCAUUCAUCCUCAUGGCAUCCAUUCACACUGUACUCAUUCAACCUCUGCAAAAAUCAACCCUAUUCUCAUUCAUCCUCACUGCAUCCAGUCACACUACUCAUUCAUCCUCACUGCAUCCAUUUACACUGUACUCAUUGCUCUUCACUGCAUCCAUACUGAAUUUGUGGAAACUGCAUUAAUUUGCUCACUGUGUUUCAUUAAUUUAUUUUAUUGUCAGUGAUUUCCCAGUAGUGUUUUCUUGCAGGGAUGGUUUGCAAUAAAAGUAAACACAGAAGACUACUGAUAUGAGGCAUUUAUAUACAGUCACUCAUCAUGUAUGAAGAUAUUUAUGUAUAAAUUGUAAGGGUGUAACGAUAUACUUGGCCCACGAGACGAGACACGAUAUUGGGUUCACGAGAACGAGAAGAUAUUGAAACAAUAUUUUAAGGAAAACUUCAAAGAGGAAAUAUUACUUGAAAGCAGCCUAUUAUUUGAUUAAUUUGAAAGUCAAAAAAUGCUAAAUAAUGCAGAUGUUUGGUGAAAUGUGUUAAUCACCAUCAUCAUAUGUAGUAAAGAACAGAACAAAUAUCUGGCACCAUAAAAUAUUUCACCACAAACUCAAAUGACAGACUUCUCUCGUAUUUGACUCCUCGAUUGAACAUAAAAUAGAAUCUAAAUAAAACAAUAUAAAUAACAAAUAUAAAACUUUUUUUUAAUGUUUCCUUCGCUGGUGCAGUGGAGUUAAGUAUGGCUUAGCCGCUGUGUAUGGCAUUAUUUUCCCACAAUGCUUACAGAUGGUUCGUUUUCUUUGUCUGUCAGCCUUUUGCCGUCUGGUGCCCAAAAUGCUGCCACACAAAAGAUUUAAAAGUGUCUGGGGCGUCUGCUAUGGUAAUUUAUUCAGUCGCCGACAUGCUUACAACACCUGAUUGCAGUGCUUUCGCGAGACCGCUUUUCACUCCGACGAGAACUCUCGUGAUGCUGUAAUAUCGCGAGACCUUGUGACACGAGAUCUCGUUACACCCCUAAUAAAUAGGGUUUGUUUCUUUUUUCAUUCACAAGUAUGUAUGCUGCCUUCACUAUAUAUGUGCACUGAAUGUCUAUGUUACUACAUAUCCGUCCGUCUUCUAACAGCCUAUACUGGACAGGGGCGUCGGGGCCUAGAGCCCAUAAGCAGCAUAACGCCCCUUCUUGUUGGCUUCAUCAUAUUAGGGUUGGACUGGAUCUCGCUGGACCAAACAGAUACUCGUCUGUUCACUGCCUGGGUUAUCAUUACACCUUUGUGUGCCUAACUGCUACACUAACUGCACAUCUAUAUCUGCACUGGUUGGGUGACACUUUGGUUAAAUAAACAUGAAGCUUUGAAUGGUUAUUAUACUGUUUGGCUAUGGAGCUAAAUCAUUGAGUGCAUCUUCUCCAGUUAUUUUAUGGAUCUGGGUAAUAUUUAUGCUUUUUAACCAUAAAGACAUUGAUCUAGUCACAGCCACUUCCAUGGUCAGUCUUGGGACAGACUGCCUGUGGCAGGGAAGGUGAAGCCGCUUGGUUUCUGGCCUCGAGUUCUCCAAGGGACCUCCCUGUAUAAUGUUUUGGAUCUAUUUGGUAGCAUCAUGCUUCAGGUGGGGACUUGUAGCGUGACGGCUGCCGGUUCAAUGGCUGUCAGCCAUUAUCAGCCAGGGCACAGUACCGCCAGAUGUUUUACCUUGAGAAUACACUGAGAAUGAACAAUAGACAGACUGGUUAUAUACUGAAACCUCACUCAAGCAUUAAAGUUAGCAUCCAGCCCCAUGAGCAUCAGGGUGACCCGUCUCACAUCACCAUCUGGUGUUACCAUCCAGCCCCAUGAGCACCAGGGUGACCCGUGUCACAUCACCAUCUGGUGUUACCAUCCAGCCCCAUGAGCAUCAGGGUGGCCCGUCUCACAUCACCAUCUGGUGUUACCAUCCAGCCCCAUGAGCACCAGGGUGACCCAUUUCACAUCACCAUCUGGUGUUACCAUCCAGCCCCAUGAGCACCAGGGUGACCCGUCUCACAUCACCAUCUGGUGUUAGCAUCCAGCCCCAUGAGCACCAGGGUGACCCAUUUCACAUCACCAUCUGGUGUCAGCAUCCAGCCCCAUGAGCACCAGGGUGACCCGUGUCACAUCACCAUCUGGUGUCAGCAUCCAGCCCCAUGAGCACCAGGGUGACCCGUGUCACAUCACCAUCUGGUGUUAGCAUCCAGCCCCAUGAGCACCAGGGUGACCCGUGUCACAUCACCAUCUGGUGUUACCAUCCAGCCCCAUGAGCACCAGGGUGACCCGUGUCACAUCACCAUCUGGUGUUACCAUCCAGCCCCAUGAGCACCAGGGUGACCUGUUUCACAUCACAAUCCGGCAUCACUCAUCUUUUGUUGACACUGAUUCAGUUUACCUUAUUUUUUCUUAGUUCAGUUAUCUCAGUAUUCUCGAUAUCACAGGAAAAAAAAAAAUUCAUUGUUCAAAGUAAGAAAUUCAUGCCAAAUGCAUGUUUAUCAAGAGCUUUAUUGUAAGCAAAGUGUGCGAAUAAAUAAUUUUAUCCCAUA